AUGUCUAAACUCGUCGACGACGUCAAGUCUGGCCUCAAAGGCAUUCGUGGAGCUGGCGAUGCCCUCCGAGGCGAAGUCCUCAGCGCCACUGACCAAGCCUUCGACACAGAUCCCAACCACCCCAAGACACUCAGCAAAGAGACCGACAACAAGGUCAUCGCCGAGAAGGGAAAGCAAGAUAUGAAAGGCGUUGACAACAUGCUUGCGCGCCGCGAGUGGGAGCACAAGGGCGUCGAGCCUCCCGCGCAUGUUGGGCACAGAGAGAGCGAGAGGCCGAACGAGAGUCUUAACAGGGAACCUGGUACGAUUUUGCCCGGUGAAACGACUACGUAUGGGAAUGGAAGGACUGAAGAAGAUACAGCUAGGGAAGCUGGAGCCCAUGUGCCUGGUGAACAGAGAUUGGCCUAA